AUGGAAAUUAGUUGGGGACCAUUUGAAGGAGGCAGUAGAAUAGUCAGGUCACAACGUAUCCCACCUGGACAUCAGCAAACAUGCCAUGCUAGGAAUCACGAGAUUGAUCAAAUUAUGACGUGUUCGGUGUGGCUGAAGCAAGUGUGGAUCGACAAGAAGCUCUCAUGGGAUCCGAAGAGUUACGGUGGUGUGAGCGUCCUCUAUGUGCCUUAUGAAAUGAUCUGGGUACCAGAUAUUGUGCUGUACAACAAUGCGGAUAGCAACUAUAAUAUUACAAUCUCCACGAAAGCUACACUGCACUAUUCUGGUGAGGUUACAUGGGAACCGCCAGCCAUAUUCAAAAGUAUGUGUCAGAUUGACGUCAGAUGGUACGUUAUUGGAAGACUAAUUAUUUCAAUGAAUUACCAGUAG